AUUAAUUAAUGUCCUUUCGACCUAAUCUUAAGCGCGUUGACCAGAGAUUCGUGUUUGUUGCUGCGCAAGUGAUUAGUACUUAAUACUGCGAGCAUCACCGCCAAAAAGCGAGAGAUCGUGAAUCCAAAAAAGGAAAAAAAAAUCGAAUGGCGAAAAAGAAACAAGGGUUGGGUUGGAUGGAAUGGCUGAGAGGAUGGAUGUACGUGAUUCACGAGAUGCUUUUCCAGAGGAUAAUGGCGAGUCACCUGCAGAACCCAUUGGCAUUGCCGCCCGUGAACGACCUCACCUGCAUUGUGACAGGCGCCACCAGCGGCAUCGGGCGGGAAAUGGCGAGGCAAUUGGCCGAAGCAGGGGCGCAUGUUGUGAUGGCGGUAAGAAAUCCAAAGGCAGCUCACGAGUUGAUUAAUCGAUGGUCUGAAUCUUGGCAUGGGCUCCCUUUGAAUAUUGAGGUCAUGGAACUUGAUCUUCUCUCCUUGGACUCUGUGGUCACUUUUGCCAAUGCUUGGAAUGCACGUUUAGGACCUUUGAAUGUUCUUAUUAAUAAUGCCGGAAUUUUUUCGAUUGGAGAACCCCAAAAGUUUUCGAAAGAUGGGUAUGAGGAGCACAUGCAAGUUAAUCAUCUGGCUCCAGCGCUGCUUUCAGUAUUGCUUUUGCCAUCCCUUAUUAGAGGAUCUCCAAGUCGAAUCAUUAAUGUCAAUUCUGUUAUGCAUUAUGUUGGCUUCGUUGAUACAGAAGACAUGAAUGCUGUUUCUGGGAAGAGAAAAUACUCAAGCCUAUUGGGGUACACUAGCAGCAAGCUAGCACAGGUUAUGUUUAGUAGUGUCCUCCACAAACGGCUGCCUAUUGAAGCUGGUGUUAAUGUUGUGUGUGUAUCACCUGGAAUCGUCCACACAAAUGUUGCUCGGGAUCUUCCUAGAAUUGUUCAAGCUGCUUAUCAUCUAAUUCCCUAUUUUAUCUUCAGUGCUCAAGAGGGUUCUAGGAGUGCUCUUUUCUCAGCCACUGAUCCCCAGAUUCCGGAGUACUGUGAAUUGUUGAAAGCAGAUGAGUGGCCUGUUUGUGCAUUCAUCUCUCAGGAUUGUCGUCCUACAAAUCCUUCUGAAGAAGCACACAACAUCGAGACUUCAUUUGAAGUGUGGGAGAAGACAUUGGAGAUGAUUGGCCUUCCCUCAGAUGCUGUGGAGAGGUUUAUUGAAGGUAAUGAAGUCACAUGUCGAUAUGGGACUCGAUCUGACUAGUUUUCACAGCGAAAUACGAUAGCUAUUUACCUUAGAAGUCUAUUUUGAAUGUCCAUCCUAAAUGAUGAAUGAAAACACCUUUGUUGAAUAGUGAUGAAAAUUCUAUUCAUAUGCUAGCAUCCAUUGUCAUCAUUAUCAUCCUUAUGGGGUGUGCUCCCCUAACGUGUGCAAUACACGGUGGUCUGUUUGAGGAUUAUCUGAAGCUAUGUGGUCGAUUCAGUUGCACCUUGGACGUAUCAAUUUUACUGCAAGUUAUUGAUCUAAUGAUAUAAUUUAUAUAUACGGACAAGUGAAGUUGUCACGAGCUGUUCUG